GCACAAACAGAAUAGGGCGGUCCUGUUGAAUUGGUGAUAUAGGCAAAAUGAAGGCAUCCCACGGUGAUCAAACCAACCAGAUCAGUAUUCUGAUGGCUCUCUGUUUGAGGUGAUUACAACACUAGGCUAUAAAAGGGCAAGCCAGCCUCCCUGUUAAUUAGGUCUUUUACUACACCCAGUCAGUUUAUAAAGAGUCCUGGAUAGGAGGGAAGAGUCACAACGUAGCCACUCAACAGAUAACUUUAGCCUGGGAUCCUACUAGAGUUCCUUGACAGAGCUGCAGAGGACACACUGGUUCUGAGAAUGCCACAUUUAUCUGAUUGUAGCUACUACAUGAUGCGAGACGGAGCCCAAGUUGCCAGUGUUCAGAACCACCUGGAGAACUCCAAGUACCACCUCCACCAAGCCCAGACCCAGCAGGUCAAACAGUACCUGACUCUAGGAACCAAGCUUGCUGGCCAGGCCCACCCACACCCGGGCCAGGCCCUGGGCACGAUGCCUAUCAUGCGCAAUGGCCAUAUGACACCUGUCAGCGACAAUAGCACUCCGGGCAGCCCCGUCACCCUGUUCACCCUAGCCAACAGCCACGACACUGAGUUUCCAGUGGAUGAAGUUAUUGACGAUAUUAUAGGCUUUGAAUCAGGGUUCAAUGAUGGCAGCUUGGAGUGUAUGGAGCCAAGCAUCUUAAUGCAAAAUAAUGUGGCCCUGAAUGGCAGUAUGCUGGAAGUCUAUGGCGGUGACCAAGGUAUGACUGCCUCUCAUGGUGGACUGACACCCCCCUCAUGCCCCACAAAGCUCUCUGUUAAAAUGGAAGUCACAGAACAUGACACCAGAGUCUUAGCAAAAGAAAGACAAAAGAAAGACAAUCACAAUCUGAUUGAAAGAAGGCGGAGAUACAACAUCAACUACAGAAUCAAAGAGCUUGGAACUCUGAUACCAAAGUCCAAUGACCCUGAUAUGCGCUGGAACAAAGGGACCAUCCUCAAGGCCUCAGUGGAGUACAUUAAGUGGCUGCAGAAAGAGCAGCAACAUGCCCGAGAGCUGGAGAGCCGCCAGAAGAAGCUGGAGCAGGCUAACAGGAGACUCCUGCUCAGGAUUCAGGAGUUAGAGAUCCAAGCUCGUGCUCAUGGUCUGCCCUGUAAUCUGGGAGCAGCAGAGCUCUCGUCUAACCUCGUCAAACAGCAGCAGCAGCAGCAGGCACUUUCAGCUCCUGUGGUUACUCCUGGAGCGCAGACUUCUCUCUACCUGCAGGAUGAGCUCAACGGCCCUGACUACCUGCAGAGGAACUCCCUGUCUGUGGUCCAUACCAGAAAUGAAGGUAACAGCAGCUCUUCUGGUGAGCAUGCAGACGCCGCUUCAACGACCUUCUCAGACCCACUGUCGCACUUCACGGACUUCUUCAGUGCCACUCUGAAGGAGGAGCAGCGGCUGGACGAGCUGCUCAUGGAGGAGGCGCUGUCUCCUUUCGGGACUGACCCGCUGCUUUCAGCCACUUCGCCAAAUGCCUCUAAGGGGAGCAGCCGCAGGAGCAGCUUUAGCACGGAUGACAACGACGAGCUUUGACUGCAGUUUUCCUACAUUUCUGGACCUGGUGUAUAUGACUGUCCUCCAACUUUUCCACUAAAGACAUCAAAAAGGGGAGAUGAAGCGAUAUUGUGAAACUACUGUACAGCCUGCUGUGUCUGAUGGACAGUCUGUACUGUCCAUGUGUAACACUGGUCACACCUACUCACUGGACUAUUAAAACUGUAUGCUUCUGAAGUGUUACAUAAUGGCAUUGUUCAUAAGGACCACUAAAGGAAAAAGUGAAGAGAAAAUGGAGAAGAGGAGCUUUUUUUCCUCUUCUCCCUCAUGCCUUAUCUAAAACAGGGUUAGCUUUAUAAACAUAUAUAAGAGGAAGUGUUGUAAAUGUAAUUUAAUAGAAGUAAAACUAACCUGCCUUUUUUUAAAGGAAAAUAUCACUUUGUGUAUUUAUACAUCCUAAUCCCUGUAUUUUUUGAAAAAAAAAUUCUUAGACAAUCUAACAAGUUUCUUUUUUUUAUAUCUUUGGGGUGGGGAAAAUACAUUAAACCCCUUUU